CGUAUCUCGUCGAGUACUCCGCUAAUCGGAAAGCAGCGUGCGUUCAGCCCCGCCCAACGGGCAACCUUCCCGCAGUUUGCUACGAUGACACAGUCACUCGCUGAUCCGACACAAGCUGUUCAAGGCUGACUGUUCCUCCAACAAGUAAAGCACAUACAGAGCGAACGAGGACACCGCCAUCCCUCGACCGCCCGCCAUCGGCCUUCUAGUCGUCACGUCUGGCCGUUGCCUGGCAGCGGUCCUCAAGCAUCGACCGACGGUCUCGUCCAGAGGUCGCUUUGGUCGUUCUCCCUUCGACUACCCUCUCUCUGAAGGAGACUUGUUUAGUGUUAAACACUUUGACUUGUGUUCCAUCUUUUACUUAUUACUUUCGCGUCCCGGGACAACUGUUGAGGAAGACAUGUUGAUGUGAGAAGAACUGGGCGCCGUGUGAGACAUGGAUGAAGUUCGUUCGGCGCGUCAGAGGAGUGGAAUGGGACGUCGACCGCCGUCCGAGCAGUUGGUGGACUUGCACGUGUACCUGGUACCGGAAGAACGGUGGCUCAAGAAGAGGAAGCUGGCCAAAAAUCACGUGACAGAGUACGCGGUCUCUGCAGGCUUCAUCAGAAUCGUGCCAUUGUACCGCCUGUGUGACGUGAGGCAAGAAAUCGAACGCCAACUGGGUCGUGACAAUGUGCCACAAAAUUACGUUUUCCUCCGAAGUGUAGGCAGGAACUUCACCCAGGUGAAACAAUCUCAAGAGAUGGAUCUGAAAGCCAAGAACUUUAUGCCACCUUAUGCCAGCGAACCAGAAAUCUACUUGAAAGCCGGAGGUUACGCUGAUCAGUAUUGGUCCCAAGGGGACGAGAGCGGUGUCGAAGAGUCUUCCCACCUGGCGACGCGGAGGACGCAAGACAUUAUCGAUAAAAGGAUCCAAGCUCUGUCUCCAGUUUCCAGUCCUGAAGGAUUCCACACUGAGGUGGACUCCGCGAAGUUCGUCCUCUCCAGGCCGAGCAAAGUAAGACGAAACAACUCCUCAGAGCGCAACCAACCACAACACAAAGUCAACGGCAGUUUCCACCACCACCAUCACCGCGUCACCACCACCACGACCACCCGGAAGUCCACUACGACCAUCGAAGAACACAGUAGUUCCAAAUCCGUUCAACUCGUACGCCAUACUCCCAGCAGUCGAGAACAUUGUCUCGUUAAAACGGAACCGCUCGAGACGUCGAUCCACGACAAAGACGUCGAAGAAGUCGACACCGCUCCCAAGUCUCGGCAAGGAGGCGACUUUCCGGAAGACGUCGUCCACGCCUUAGACAACCUGAAGACAGAAGACGACACGUCGCGGCGUGAAAGUCUUCUUGAAGUCGGUUCGACGGGUCCUGGUUACAUCAUCGUUCCGGGAGGUCACCGACGGUCUCCGAGUCCAUCAAGAGGACGAUUAGAUUCCAUCGCUGUUCCUGGUGAUCGGAAGGGAACAGAUAGUAGUAUCGUCGACGAAGAUGGCGAUGACGUUAGUCCAAAACGACGAAGCAGUCGUGGCGGAUCAGAUGCAGCGACGUCUUCGAAGAAGCCCGAACAAGACAGUCGAGGCGGUCCUUCUCGGGCUAAAAGACGAGGCAGCACUUACGGCGCGUUGCCUGGAGCGUCAGAUCGCUUGAAAGUUCGCGACGAAAAAGACGAAGCACACGAAGACAGCGAAAUGCAACGCCGUAGUUUAUCUCGGUCAAGAAGGAGAAGUAGCCAGGUCAGCCAAAUCGAUAGCGCUUCUGCAGCCUUUAGUCGGCUAAAGGCUCAAGAAGAUAACGCUGAUAGGUCAGGGGCUGCUCCGACAUCCAGGAGGAGCAGUCGCGCAGAAGACAGAGCUCCUAGUCGUCUGAAGGAUUCAGAUGAUAAAGGGGGAGCAAGAUUAUCUUAUCAACGAAGAAAGAGCAUCGCGACCGCAAGUCCGACGCGAUCCGAACAGCCACAAGUCCAGGAGGGUCAACGUCCCGGUAGUGCGCUCGAUAAGAUAACAGUGCACGAAGACAUGGGUCCGGUAACAGUCACAGAUGACAAAGACAGAGAUGUGGGUGAUGCGCAGGUCUUGGAAGCUUCUGAAGUGGCAUCUGUGCGAAAGAGUAGUGUUGUGAGGGAAAGUGAAAAAGACGGUACGGAAACAACGGUAUCCUCGUCCGAGAUGAGAAGGUUGAGUUCUCAGAAAGACACUGAGCAGUAUCAAGAGAGGAUUGACGAAAGUGAUAAAAGAAGUUCUCGUGAGAUAGAAUCGCAGAGAGAGGGUAGCACUGGUGAUGUAGCUGGUGAAGAGGAGGCUGAGAGGCAAAGAUCAGGCGAUCGAAAGCCUUCUGCGCAAACGCCUGCUGAACAAAAAUUCGAGGGGGAGAACGCACCAAAGCAGACGACACCGGAAGGCCUCGAUCGGGAACCCGAGACUGAUACGGCCAGGGUAGAAACAGAAAAUAGGCUAGAAGAUUUUCCCAAAGCAGACGAUGUCGCGAGGGCAAACGUUGAUGAGGAGGAGGAGAGAGGCGAGAGGGACGGCGUUAGAGAUGAAGGCGAUUCAGUCGCGGUAGGUAGGAAAUCUGGCGAAGGCCACGAAAGAAAACACAGAACCAAAGAGGAGAAAGCAGCUCGAAGGAGUAAGUAUGAGGAUCACUCACCAGAGGGAGCAGCGAAAGAAGGUAACCAGGUAGAAUCAGGUGUGCCUGAGAAGGAUGCAGAUCUAGCGUCCUUACAAGACGGUAAACAGAAUGUGCCUGAUGUAACUGCAACACACGGAGAAUCGAGUUCGGAUAAAGGUAUGGAGGAGUGUAAACAGAGUAUGCCUGAUGUGCUUAAGGUACAUGGUACACCCGAAAAAACUUCGUCUACGGAGAAACAGACAGCUUCCGAAGCGACGACGAAACAUAGAGAUGAGUCUUCAGAGAGGAUAGGUCCCAGGAUAGCUAAAUCGAUCAAGAGCGAGAAGUCAGUGAAAUGUUCGGACAAGAGUUCAGAUCGAAGGCUAACAGAAGUUAAAGACAGCAAGCCGAGCGUGACAGCGAAAGGUUCUGACCAGAUAUCAGAAAAACCUACAAAGAGAAGAUUACAAGCCAGACCAAACGUUGCUACGAAACAGCGAGUCGAUCUGAAGAAGGAGGGAAGGCAAGAAAGGAGUGCGGCUAAAUCCGACCUUCCGUCGAAGCAGUCAAAUGUGACAUCGCGAAGAGCCACAAGAAACACAAAAGAAGGCCAAGAAGUUAAAGGUUCUUUGACUAUCAAGAAGACUGCGAUAACGAAUGAGGAAAAAAACAAACGAGACAAGUCCACGGUGUCUUCAAAGCCCUCCAGGUCCAGUAGAGUAGUGAUUGAGAAGGCCAGAGUGAGACUGGUUCCCGGAAGACCUCCAGGUCAAGAAGCCAAAGCUAGUAAAGAAACGGAAGAUAUUAAAAAAUACAUUCGCGGGGAGCACGUAUCGAAUACGAAGUCGGAACAGCAGGUCGUCGACCAGGAGAAGGAGGAAGGGAAACGAAAGAAAAAGGUGCAGAAGGGAGUGAACAAGGUGUUUAGGCAAGAGGGGAAGAAAGAACUGGAUGUAGUCACGGAAGUAGCUAAGGAAGUUGUCAAGGACGUAGUUGAGAAAUCUGUUGAAAGAAUAACUGGUCAUAAGACUGAUAAAACAAAACUUACAUCUCCCAAGUUUGCCAUUGAGGUGUCGGUAGUCGAGCUAGGGCAAUCUGCAACGCAGACAGAAUCGGGUAACGUGCCUGGGAAUAAAGAUGAUGAUUUUGCUCCUCGGAAGGGCGGAGGAGAGGACCGCGGGGAGAAGGAAGGAGGGGAUGGCGAGGAUGAGGAAGGGGAAGGAAAAGAAGAAAGAAAAGAAGCCGUAGAGAGAGAAGAACGAAGGGGAAAAGAAAGGUCUGUUCGGGCUAAGAAGAGAGCCCUUGAGCACGGCGAAGAUGAUGUUGAGACUAGUGUCAUUGUAGCUGAAACGGCAGCAUUUGUUGAAGCUGGUAAACAUGUUGUUGGUGGAGAGACUGGUGAAGUUGAGGUCGGAAGCGAUGGUGAAAUGAGUGGCGAACGUGUCGAUGUUGAAGGGCGGGAAGAGAGCGACGAUGAGGAAGGCCUUGAAGACGACACUCUGUAUCGAGAACACGGCGUCACUGAUGAGCAAGGAAGGGCAAGUGCAGGUGAACAUGAAGAGGAGGGAGAGGAAGGUGCUCCACUGCAAGUACUUUAUGAGGCGACCACAGCCGAAGAGGAAGAAGAAGAUGAUGAAAGUGGUGAGAAGAGAAAAGUCCCUGCGGACGAAACCGAAGGCGUUUCUGAGUCACACGUGUCUGCUGACUUACUCGAAGGAAACGAUGCUUCGGAAAUGGUAAGAAACGAAGACGAAGACGGAAGAGAAUCCACUGGGAAGAUUCAGCCUGAUGAACAUGACGAUGAAGAACGCAAUGACAGCAUUGAAAAAGAGACAGAAGAAAGCGAAGAACAAGAUGGCGGAGAUCCCGCCACAUUUGACGCAUCAGACGAUACCGCGCGUCCAGACGGAGAGCAGGAUAAUGGAACAGAGGACGAACGAGAAAUAGAAACGGGUCUUAAGCAAACUGCUGACGACAGCGAGCGCGAGACUCAUGCAGAUGUAGAGCUGCAAGCUACGCAGAGUGAUGGGCAAUUUAAACAACUCGUCGACGGGGAGGAAAUCUUUGCUGAGUCAACAACCUUCACAACUCAUUCAAACGGAGAGAACUUUGUUCAAGGAGAGGAACGUGCUGAGGAACUUGAUGAAGCGUCACACAUUACGACACAUUCAGAAACCAAAGAAACUUCCGUCAGGGAGCCGCGCCAUGUGGGUGGAAUUUCCGAUUCGGCGGAAAAGACAGACGAAGCCGCCGCGAACGCAGCCUCGUUACCGGAUGAAGGACACGGGAGUGUCGGUGAUCAUCUGGUAAUUCGGAAAAUCGAUGAAGCCGGCGAGCGUCAAGAUCACGAAAACGGGAAGAGCUCCGAUAAAGCAGACGUUAGUGAUGCAGGGGGAGAUGAAGAUGAGGUUUCAACGGGCGUUGUAAACGCGAAGUGCGAAGAAAAUGAAACCACGGGGAGUAAUCUGGAAGAAGAUGGAGGGGACCCGUCUGCACGUAAGAGGCAAGAUGGCGAAUUGUCUCCCACGAGAGAUGGCGCUCAAUCCGCUACCGAAGAGGCAUCUUUGCUCGAGGAUAAUGAAUUGCGAAAUGACGCGAAUGUUUGCAGAGGUAAUGACCCUUCCGAACGACGUGAUGAAAACAGCGCAGGUCCUGAGGACGGAGGGUCGCAUAGCGUCGAAGCAGACGACAGUGCUUCAAGUGGGUCGUCCAAAUCGUCUGCUAAAAGUUCGUCUGAAAGCGAGAGGCUAAUGAAAAUCGGUCGGGAAGAGGUGGAUGUGUUUGAAGGUGGUAUAACGGAAGCUGUGGAGCUGUCGUCUGCAAACGAAACUCGUCGAGAGAUGGAAAAAACACAUGACGCUGACGCAAAGGAAGGUGUGGCAGACGAUCACGAGGCUGGAGGAGAGAAGGUCGAGAGGAAGCUGAGGGAAGAGGAUGAACAGGGUCCAGUGGAAGUGCCAAGUGAAGUUGAGACUGGACAUGAACGAGACGAGGCAGCGUCCCGAUCAAAUCAAAACAGCAAAGACAGUGAAGCUUCAAACUUCAAUGGGGAUGAUGUAGACGCUCCAGCUCAAGUGUCUAGUAUUGCCGGAGACGCCUUGAAGCAUUAUGACAUGGAACAUUCUGCAGAUGUCGACGAAGCUGAGGAUAUAUUAGAUUCAGGAAUAACGGAGUCUAUUCUUGAAGUGCUGAGUAGAGCUAAUAGUGCAAUGGAAGAUACGAGGGCAAACGAUACUAGCGAAGAAACUGCCGAAGCGGACGGUGAUAAUUAUGUCACGGAGCAUGAAAUGAAGGCAAGUAAUGAUGGAGAAGACAAUGAAGGUUUGAUAACAACUCAAGGUAAUGAAGCCAGGCACAAAGAUGAUAAUGUUGCUGAAGGGGCAAAAGCAAGUGAUGCACAGGGUGCGAAGGAGCAGGAAGCAGCCGAUGUCAGUACUCGUGACUUAGAGGACUUAAACGGGAGUCAAGGCACAGCCGUAAGCAUAGACACAGGUCAAGGUUUGGAAUCCGCCUUGGAGGACCAUGAAGGUUGUAGAUUGGCGAAAACAGACGUUAAGCCAAACGAGCUUGACGUUUCUGGCGUAGCUUCUGAAGUCCUAGAUGACAUACCUGAACAUCAGGAUAACGGCGUGGUCAAUCAGGAGUGCAGUGAAAGUGGAGAACUUAAAGAACCCAUUGAUGAAUCUGAUGAGACCAUAUCAGAGACCGUUGAAUCCGAUACAGUAGAAAUAGCCCAUUCGACAAUAACUACAAUACGCGAAGAGGUCGAGAUCGUAGAAAAAGCAGUAGACCGAACAAAUUCGGCAGGCGGUUCACCUACAGAACUUGAUACUCCUGAGAAUACUGAUCAAGGAUCUAUUCUUGAAGACAAUACGGCCGUCGAUGCAGAAGGGAGUACAGAAGAUAGCAACAAUGAAGUAAAUAUUGGCAUACAGCCAAUAGUCGAUUCAUCUUCAAUGACGAGAGAUCUUGCUGGCCAUGACGAGGGAGACAGAAAUGACAUAUUAGGUGAAAAUGUAGAAACAUCUAGUGUAACUGGUGCUGUUCUGGCGAGUGCACAUCGCAUCUCGGAAGACAGUCACGAAAUCGAAGGAGAUUCGGUAGAAAUAUCCCCGGUACCAGAAGAAGCUACCAACCAGAAGAUGCAACCAGAAAAUCGAACAGAUACUGAAGAACAAACAAACGACAUAGGUGUCGUGGUAAGCAAGGACAACGACACGAGUGAGGAGGUCGCAUCAAUUGAAAAGACGUCUACUGUCCGUCGCGAUACAGAUAACGAUUUACUGAAUGAAUCUCAACAGCGCAUUAGCCCUGAACCAGAUGGUAUAAAAGACGCAGGAUCGGCAACGGCUGAACGCUCGCCAGACCUACACCAUAGCGCGUCUCAUGCACGUAUCGACGAAGAAAGACCGAAAGAAUUUUCUCAACUUGUACAAAAUGAAGUGGUUACUGCUGAAGUGAGAGAACUUACUUAUAAUGAAAGUGUCAUGUCUGCCACGGAAAUUAAUGAACAAACUGUAGUCUCCUCAAGUGCCAAUGUACAUUUUCAUGGGGAACGUGAUCUGUCGUCGAGGGUUUCUAAGGCCAGUAGUGGGAGAAGGCGUCGUUCUUCGAAGUCCGCCGUAUCCGGACACGUCAAGGCGACGAAGAAAAGUGCACUUAAAAAACAUCAAACUUCUCACGCACUAUUACAGAGCGAAGGUGCAGACUUAGAUUCAGGGUUAGAUGAUAUUUCUACGACUUUCCGCAAUGAUGACGAAGUUUCAGACGUUCGGUAUACCGACGAAAACUCGAGAAAAGACGUCCAUUCCAAGGUAUCUUCUAUCAGUGGCGAACUCACCGAAGAGCACCUCGUCGAAGAUAUUCGAACGCAAGAUCGAAUCAAUGUCGAAACGAGAACCACCGAACACGUAGAACUUAGUGCUAGCAACGUAACCUCUGUGACUACGCCUCCAGAAACCGCAGCUGCUACUCAAGACCUCGACUUCAAUUUGCAAGAACUUUCCAAGUACGAAGACGACAGCGCAUGCGUCGACAUCAUGCAUCCGGGUUCACGAGCCUCAGACCACAGCCUCGAUUUAAGUUUAGGCCACAGCACGCACGGUGGCCAAUCUCCGGUGGACGGCAAAGAACUGCCAGACGAAGGAAUUUCCGUCGAUGGUUCGGCUACGCGGGACCUCAACGAAUACGACGACGACGACCUCACCCACGCGUCUACGGACCUCGACACGGCACCCUCUAGCAGCGGUCGAGGAAGCGAGACGUCUGGAACGCCGCUGCUACCUCCGCUGCACCAACCAACCAUCAAGACGCCAUCCGUACCGCGCGUGUUCAAAAUUAAGGGUCCGUCCGCAGUUAAUGCGUUGCCGUCCAAGUUCCGGAAGGAAACGAGGUUGUACGAGAGUGUGCACCGGAAACGCAUAAUCACGAACGAAACGUUUAGUGUAAGCGAGACGCCGAUACGCCGUGUGCGUUCGGAUGAAGCGGGUUUGGACAGGUCAAGAAGGUCCAGGACUGAGGAGACGUCAUCCAGAGUUACGGUGACGGGAAGAAGUGAGCGGAGACGCCUACUGGGGAGGAAUACAAGAAGCGUAAACAUGGAAGAGCAAGGUCUUCUAGAGUUCGAAAAGCUGACACGCAACCUGAACGCCCUUCGCUCUGAAAGGAGAGCUUGUGAGGCGAAGCGGGAAGACUUACUUCGACGGGCCAGGUUCCUGCAGCAUAAGACGACGUCCACGAGGGACCAGGCACGUGACGUAUGGCGCCGUCGUUACCUGGAAGAGAAGAAAGCGACACCUAGGCUUGAGGAGGAGUGCGCUCGAUGGAGGCUAGAGUUGGAGAGGUUACACAGGGAACUGCUGGCCAGAGUAGAAGGGGAACUGCGCUUUGCGGGACACCGUCUGGAGCAGCCCUCGGACAGACUCAGCUACAAGAUUAUGAUCGCCAAGAUCUUGCAGGAGAUAGAAGACCUCAAGCGGAGGUUGGAAUACACAAGAAUUGCUCUAGGAGCAGAAGUCCGGCUACGAAGCCACGCGGAACGCGAAGUGAAAACUCUUCGAGAAGACCUCUUGAAGAAGAAGAUCCAAGUGACCCUGACGAGAAAAGAGACUCAAACUGUCAUGGCGCCUUUUUUGCGCGAUUCCUUCUACUUCGUAGGUGCUGUGUAGCGUCUAUAGCGAGCGUAGCCCAGGCAGAUUAUGAAACACCAUCGUCUCAUCCUAAUCUUCCGCAUGCUUUCGUGCCACCGAAGAAGGAAUACAGCAACAUCAUCUUUGACAGUUUCACACCAUCUUAUUUUAAACCCGUACCCAAUUCAAUCCAAUCCAGUGAAUUGCCAUUGCCAUAUCGCACCAAUAUUUCGUGCUUUCAUGUUUACAGCUCUUGAUAAAGCUCUCAGGGUGAGACAGCUAAAAGGGAGAGGGGGAUACCUAGCGUGGGUGUAACCUAGCGAUUUUUGUGAGGGGAGGGCGAUUGCCCCCCCCUCCUGUAUCCGCCACUGGCAAAGAAGAUUAUGGAAAGAUGGAAGUUUAAUCACCAAUAUUUAUAUUUGGCAUUACGUUGCAACGUUGAAAUUACGUUUGACUGCGUUGCGGUCAUUGAUAUUACUGUUAUACAUAGACCAAAAGUAAGCCUACUGUGCAGUGACUUCUCAAACGGAUUUCCGUACAGCUCCUAUUUUAAAAGUCCGUAACUACGCCUGCCUUUCUUAUCAGGUAGCCCAAUGUAUUUUGCCAGCUUGCGUCUACAACGAGGCAGUAUAUUUUAAGGGAAGUUUUAGUAGCUCGGAAAGUGUGCAUGAUAGCGGUUCCGGUUACUCCUUCGAAGUGAUUGAUUACCGGCAUCACGUCGUCGAUCUUUGGUCUGACAGCUUCCGUUAUCGUGUCGCUAUUGUAGUGCUUACGAUCUCCGUAAUAACUGAUAAUGAGUACCAAGCUGUCCCCAAAAUGGCAACACUGAUUCGACCUCUGUUGCACGACUUACUGUCUUGUGUCUCGCCAUGAGAGACACCAACGUAUAAACUCUGCCGAUGAGCAGCAAAGGCUGUACCUUUCCAUGGUUUCCGCUACAGACACGUUUACAUACAGCUGCAUAUUUUAGCUUCUGCUUCCUCACCGCCUUUUGGGACCAGUUCUGCUGAGACGCAAAUAAAUAUUUUAAUAGAGUAGGAAGAAAGACGAACCAAAUGUCUACCUCUCCUCGACUGUACAGGCCGCCUCUACGCUAUACAUUUAUUUUUCUCUUACAUUCUUAUGAUGCGUGUACUGAAGUGGCUUCUGUACAUACCUAUGAAAGUGUAAUAUGCAGCGUAACGUCGCUGGAAAUUGUAAUAUGCGCUCUUCUGCGAGCCGCGUAUGUGGUUUCCAGCAAGGGCACGAAUAUUACAUUUGGAACCUUCAAAGUUUGUGCGCGCUUAUCCUCUGCACCACGUUCGCAAUUAUGUGUGGCUCCAUUGUCAAAAUAAAGCUAAGCUUGAAGGAUGA